AUGGCCCAGUCUUCGCUUGAUGUUCUGCUGAAAGGCAGCUCCGGCCGGAACACGCGCGGUCUAUUGCGGGUUAUCAUUCUCUGUACUAUUGCUGCCGCCGCGGUGGCUAGUCGAUUGUUCAGUGUUAUUAGAUUUGAGAGUAUUAUUCACGAAUUCGAUCCGUGGUUCAACUUCCGGGCAACAAAAUAUUUGAUUGAAAAUGGCUUCUACAGCUUCUGGGAUUGGUUUGAUGACCGAACAUGGCAUCCUCUGGGUCGUGUCACUGGUGGCACAUUAUACCCUGGUCUGAUGGUGACCAGCGGUGUGAUCUACCACAUCCUUCGUUUCCUCACUAUCCCCGUCGACAUUCGAAAUGUCUGUGUUCUGCUUGCCCCUGGUUUCUCUGGGCUGACGGCCCUGGCCAUGUACUUCCUGACCUGCGAGAUGUCCACUUCGCCCUCUGCUGGUCUCCUCGCUGCGGCAUUCAUGGGUAUCACCCCCGGCUAUAUCUCGCGGUCCGUCGCAGGUAGCUACGACAACGAGGCCAUUGCCAUCUUCCUGUUGGUAUUCACAUUCUUCCUCUGGAUCAAGGCUGUCAAGAACGGUUCUAUCAUGUGGGGAGCGUUGACUGCCUUGUUCUAUGGAUACAUGGUCUCCGCUUGGGGUGGAUACGUUUUCAUCACGAACUUGAUUCCUCUCCAUGUCUUCGUCCUUAUUUGCAUGGGACGAUACAGCACUCGUGUGUACAUCAGCUAUACCACUUGGUACGCCCUGGGAACACUAGGAAGCAUGCAGAUCCCCUUCGUCGGGUUCUUGCCCAUCCGCAACAGUGAUCACAUGUCUGCCCUUGGCAUCUUUGGCCUGCUCCAAUUGGUGGCCUUUGCCGAAUUCGUUCGGGCCUACCUUCCUGGCAAGCAGUUCCAGAAACUUCUGACUGCUAUGGUUCUCCUCACCGUUGGCCUCGCCUUCAGUGGUCUCGUCCUGCUCUCACUCACUGGAGUUAUCGCUCCCUGGAGUGGCCGUUUCUACUCCCUCUGGGAUACCGGCUACGCCAAGGUUCAUAUUCCCAUUAUUGCCUCCGUUUCUGAGCACCAGCCUACUGCCUGGCCAGCCUUCUUCUUCGACCUGAAUUUCCUUAUCUGGCUUUUCCCCGCCGGUGUGUUCAUGUGCUUCCAGAAGCUCAAGGACGAGCAUGUCUUCGUGGUCAUUUACUCGGUCCUCGCCAGUUACUUUGCUGGUGUCAUGGUCCGCCUCAUGCUGACUUUGACUCCCAUUGUGUGUGUUGCCGCUGCCCUCGCCUUGUCGGCCAUUCUCGACAACUUCCUGGUUGCGUCAUCCCCCACCCCCGAGUCUAAGGCUAAGGCCAAUGUCGAAGACUCCAAGUCUCUUCGAUCGACCCGCAAUCCUGUUGUUGGCAUCUACUCAUACUUCUCCAAAUCUGUCGUGGCUUGCUCGGUUACCCUCUACUUGCUCUUGUUUGUCGCACACUGCACCUGGGUCACCUCCAACGCCUACUCGUCUCCGUCUGUGGUCCUGGCUAGUAAGCUUCCUGAUGGAAGUCAAUUCAUCAUUGACGACUACCGUGAGGCUUACUACUGGCUGCGCCAGAACACCCCUGACAACGCCAAAAUCAUGUCCUGGUGGGAUUACGGAUACCAGAUUGGUGGUAUGGCUGACCGCCCUACUCUUGUCGACAACAACACCUGGAACAACACCCACAUCGCCACUGUCGGCAAGGCCAUGAGCUCGCGUGAGGAAGUCAGCUACCCCAUCUUGCGUCAACAUGAUGUUGAUUACGUCCUGGUUGUGUUCGGUGGACUGCUUGGCUACUCAGGCGAUGAUCUGAACAAGUUCCUUUGGAUGGUUCGUAUUGCCGAGGGUAUCUGGCCCGAUGAGGUGAAGGAGCGUGACUUCUUCACUGCCCGUGGCGAGUACCGUGUGGACGAGGAGGCCACUCCUGCCAUGAAGAACAGCUUGAUGUACAAGAUGUCCUACCACAACUAUCAGAGCCUCUUCCCUUCUGGCCAAGCGGUCGACCGGGUUCGUGGCACCAAGCUGCCCACGGAGAGCCCCCAGCUCAACACGCUGGAGGAGGCCUUCACCAGUGAGAACUGGAUUGUUCGUCUCUACAAGGUCAAAGACCUGGACAACCUCGGCCGUGACCACAGCAACGCUGUUGCCUUUGACAAGGGCCUCAAGCGUAAGCGUACCGCUAAGAAGAAGGGUCCUCGCGUUUUGCGAACCGAGUAG